GGCCUCUUUUCUCUAGAGAAUGCACAGUACUGGAGGGGAGUCAGGAGGGCUAAGAGUUCAGAAGCUGAAGAAGGAUGAACCCGUUGACUCUGGACGUGCCAUGUCCUUCUAUGUUGGAACCUUGGGGACUCACACUGAGAUCAAGAGAGUGGCAGAGGAAAGGGUCACCUUGCCCUGUCACCAUCAACUGGGGCUUCCAGAAAAAGACACACUGGAUAUCGAAUGGCUGCUCACAGAUAAUGAAGGGAACCAAAAAGUGGUGAUCACUUACUCCAGCCGUCAUGUCUACAGUAACUUGACUGAGGAACAGAAGGGCCGAGUGGCCUUCGCUUCCAAUUUUCUGGCAGGAGAUGCCUCCCUACAGAUUGAACCUCUGAAGCCCAGUGAUGAGGGCCGGUACACCUGCAAGGUGAAGAAUUCAGGGCGCUAUGUGUGGAGUCAUGUCAUCUUAAAAGUCUUAGUGAGACCAUCAAAGCCCAAAUGUGAGCUGGAAGGAGAGCUGACAGAAGGAAGUGACGUGACUCUGCAGUGUGAGUCAGCCUCUGGCACAAAACCCAUCAUAUAUUACUGGCAGCGAAUCCGGGAGAAGGAGGGAGAGGAUGAGCGUCUUCCUGCCAGGUCCAGGAUUGACUACAAUAACCCUGGACGCGUUCUGCUGCAGAAUCUCACCAUGUCCUCCUCUGGGCUCUACCAGUGCACAGCAGGCAAUGAGGCCGGGAAGGAAAGCUGUGUGGUGCGGGUGACCGUACAGUAUGUACAAAGCAUCGGCAUGAUUGCAGGAGCGGUGACAGGCAUGGUGGCUGGAGCCCUGCUGAUUUUCCUCCUGGUAUGGCUACUGAUUCGAAGGAAAGACAAAGAGAGAUAUGAGGAAGAGGACAGACCUAAUGAAAUUCGGGAAGAUGCAGAAGCCCCCAAAGCCCGCCUGGUGAAACCCAGCUCCUCCUCCUCAGGCUCCCGGAGCUCCCGCUCCGGCUCGUCCUCCACGCGCUCCACAGCAAAUAGUGCCUCACGCAGCCAGCGGACACUGUCGACCGAAGCAGCACCGCAGCCGGGGCUGGCCGCCCCUGCCUACAGCCUGGUGGGGCCAGCGAGGAGAGGUUCUGAACCAAAGAAAGUGCACCACGCUACCCUGACCAAAGGAACCACACCCAGCAUGAUCCCCAGCCAGCGCAGAGCCUUCCAAACUGCCUGAAUUAGGGUGGCCUUGACUCCCAUGCUUUCCUUGGAGUCAGGAUUUUAGGACUCUAGUCAUUGAAGCUCAGUCACCAGCCACACAACCCCCUCAAAGCAGAUGACUCAUCAUUUAAGUAGCAAUGAGCGUUGCAUGGAACAGAUUGAAAUGAGUGCUUUCUUUCUAGGACACACUGAACGAGAAACAGGAUAUAAACUGAUCAUCUCCAAAACGGCAUCUCAUGGCGCCUUGAGACCAGAGUGGGGAAAAGUGGGGGUCCAAAUCUGUGUGUUUGUUGGCCAGGACCUGGGAUGGAAGAGGUUGGGGAAAGGGAAACGGAACACACUUAAAAAUUCUCACCGGAAAUGUUUUGUAUCAAUACUCUGAUUCACCAUAGUCAAGGAGAAAGGAGGUGUUGUUCAUAAAUUUUCUAUGCAUUUCUGCAAACCUACUGGAUUAUUGUGAUUAUUCAGAGUCAAGUGGAACACAGAGCCUUAUAUUACACCUAACUGUACCAUGUACUGGGCAUAUCACUUCUGAGAAAUUCAAAAAAGGAAGUAACGGUUCUUAUGACCUGACUUCAUUUACCAUAAGGUCUGGAUGUUAAUUUCACAAGGCACUGAGCUCGCGGGAGGAGCAGAAUGAUUUGAGUUUCUCCCACUCUAUCCACUACUAAUCUCCCUACUUAUAGUAAACUGUAGGAGACCUAAGGGAGGAAUUCAAAACGUGUGACAAGGGACUGUGAAAACCUUUCCAUCUUAGUCAUGUUCAGAGGGUCACUGCAGGUAUCAGAGAUACCUACUGGAACAGCUGUGGACUUUCCCUCCAAUCUGAGAUCUCUAAGGACUUUCCUGCCGGGUAGCUCUGAAGCAAGGAGACAUUCACUAUGUGUCAUUUGACAAUGUUCUUAGAAGUCUUCUAAAGCAAAAGAGCUCUUUCAGAGAGGCUGAACGAUAUCUGACGUAUGACUGCAUUCUCCUCUGAGAACAUAUGGAAUCAGAAUUUCAAACUGACUAGACUAGAAAGGGAGCUUAGAUCGGUUUUCUCUUAAUACGUUGUAACAUGUCAAGAAGAGGUAUAAAGAAGUUUACUAUUACACCGAA